AACAACCGUAGUUCCCUAGUUAGCCUGUUAGCAUGCUAGGCUAGGUGCUAGCUUUUUAGCUAGGCUAACGGCAUUGUUUUGGUGUUCGCUAUUUAGCAGGCUAGGCUAACAUGCUGCAAUGGGUUUCUACAGGCACGUCAUGCUAACGAGCUGCAUUAGGUUUUAUAAGUGAAAUGGCUGCUUUUUCCAACUCAUUUCUUUCUGCUGGGAACACUUUCUGAUUCAUCGCAGCUCACAUUUCACCAGCAGCUAGACGAGCCAGGGUUUGUAAAGCAAGCCAUAACGCAAAGAAAAAGCCACUGCUCGGCCUGGAAUGGAGCUAACCGACUUGCGUGAGAGCCCCGCCGGCUCCGGGGAGUCCGGUGUGCCGUGGAGGGAGGUGACCCCCGGGGAGGAAGCUGCUGAAAGUGAAGGAACGACAGCAGACACGGAGCUGAAAGACACCUGCAGGGAGGAUGGGAAACUAAAAGGCGUCGGGGAACAGGUGCACAGUCCCUAUGAAGAGGAGCUGGACCCCCGGAUUCAGGAAGAGUUGGAGCACCUCAAUGAAGCCAGCACAGAAAUCAACAGACUAGAACUGGAACUGGAUGACGCCAGAUCGUGCUACAGGAAGAUCCUCACCGAGUCUGCCAGGAAGCUGAACGCUCAGAGCUCGCAGCUCGGCAGUUGCAUUGAAAAGGCCAGGCCCUAUUACGAAGCUCGCCGGCUCGCUAAAGAGGCUCAACAGGAGACCCAGAAGGCGGCUCUGAGCUACGAGCGAGCCGUUUCCAUGCACACAGCUGCCAGGGAGAUGGUGUACGUGGCGGAGCAGGGCCUGAUGGCUGACGGAAAGAACACGCUGGAUCCCACCUGGCAGGAGAUGCUGAACCACGCCACCGCCAAGGUGAACGAAGCCGAGGAGGAGAGGAUCCGCAGCGAGAGGGAGCACAUGAGAGUCACGCACGCCUGUCAGGAGGCCGAGGCCCGGGUCCAGAUGCUGCAGAAGUCCCUGAAAAGAGCCAUCCUGAAGUCCAAACCGUACUUUGAGCUGAAGGCCCAGUUAAACAACAUCCUGGAGGACCACAAAACCAAAGUUCUGCAGCUGGAGCAGAACGUCUCCAAAGUCAAAACCCGCUACUCCAUCGCUCUGAGGAACCUGGAGCAAAUCAGCGAGCAGAUCCACGCUCAGAGGGGGCGGGACCCGGCAGAGGGCGGACUCCCCAUCAUCUACGGUGGGCGGAGCCCCCCAGUCGGCGCCGAGUCUGACACCACGGUCCAAGAGAAAGGCGGGGCCUGCGGCGGCGGCGGCACGAUGGGGAAGGACCGGCUGGAUUCGGCCAUGGAUCUGCUGGAGCGAUACAAGGAGAAGGAGAGCGAGAAGGAGAGGGAGCGAGCCGGCUCGGACUCCCUGUCCGUCAUCAGCCUGCAGACCAUCGCCUCCGACCUGGAGAAGUACGACUCCGUGGAGCACCUGGGCGACCUCAGCGACGUCGGGAGCGUAACUGGGGACGAGGGGGAGAAGGACAGAGGAGGGCCGAUGAGCAGGAGAGACAAACUGACGGAAACGACGGCUAAAGAUCGACAGCAACAAUUCUCCAAGCAGCACCACCGAAGCUUCAGCUUGUGAGGUCAAAGUUCAAACUGACACAGAGCAGGACAGGAAGCAGACACGGAGACGUCUGUGAAGGGAAAAAAAAAUGGAUUAACUUAAAACUGACAAAACAACAAUUACUAAAAUUAACCAAUGAAAAUCUGUCCCUGCUUUUGAUUUUUGGUUCAACAGAAUGAUGAAAAUAAUGAAA